AUGCCGAUGUUUGGCAAGGGCGCUAUUGCUGCUCUGGUAGCUAGCAAUCCUCUCUUUCACCCCAAUGGCGAAGUCAGCCCACCUGGUUCCAGUGGCUUUCCAGGAAGCCGACUUCCAAACUUCCUCACAGAUAAUCCCAUGCCACAAGGCUUUGAAGUUCCCUGGGGCGGUAAGACGGCGAAUAAUACCAAUUACUACGAGUCUUGGCCAGAUACUGGCGUGACAAGGACGUAUACAUUCAAUAUCUCACUAGGGAAUUGCGACCCGGAUGGCGUGCCGAUGAAGUGUGUCCUGGUCAACAAUGAGUUUCCCGGGCCUAUGAUUGAGGCGAAUUGGGGGGAUAUGAUUGAGGUUACGGUCAAUAACAAUCUGGUUGAGGGCACGGCUAUUCACUUUCAUGGUUUCCUGCAGAAGGGGUCGCAGUGGAUGGAUGGGGUGCCGGGGAUUAGUCAGUGUCCUGUGGCGCCUGGGAAGACGUUUGUCUACAAGACGAGGGCAGAGUUGUAUGGGUCUGCAUUUUACCAUUCGCACUACGACUCGCAGUCAGCGAACGGAUUCUAUGGUCCGAUUGUGGUGUAUGGGCCUACCAACGCACCCUACGACGCAGAUCUUGGCCCGAUCAUGCUGGGUGACUGGGUACACACAUACUACCACGACCUCGUCGACGAACUCAUGGCACCUUUCCCCAAUGCGAAAAUCCCAGCCUCGCAGAACGUCCUCAUCAAUGGCCUGAACCCCUACUACGGCGCCAAAUCUCCUAUCACGAAAUUCUCAGUCCACUCCGGAAAACGUUACCGCCUCCGUCUCAUCAGCACAGCCUGCUCCGCGACGCAAAAGUUCACAAUCGACGACCACACCUUCCUCGUCAUCUCCAACGACUUCGUCCCCGUCGUGCCCUACGAAACAGACCACAUCACCCUCACAGUCGGCCAACGCAGCGACGUCAUCGUCCUCUUCGACAAACCCCCCACAACCUCCAUCUGGAUGCGCUCCUACAUAGCCCCCUGCAGCGAAGCCGAAGGCCAAACCGAAGCAAAAGCCGCCAUCUUCUACGAAAACGCCAAUACCAACACGCUCCCCCUCUCGUCGCCAGGUCCGAACGCAUAUAAUACCUACUGCGGCAACGAGGACCUAGCCUUGACGAAACCUUACUAUCCCAUCGCCCCGCCGGCUCCAGAGUCGGGGUAUAGCGAGGUCAUCCCGAUCUCUGCGCAGACGAAUGGGACGCAUUUGUUGUGGUAUAUGCGCGGCCGGACGUUCAGGACAAAUUACAACGAUCCCAUCCUCCUCUCCUCGCGCUCCGGUAACCUGGACUUCCCCGCCAUCGCUAAUGUGCACAAUUACGGCUCCAACAGCAGUAUCCUGUUCGUCGUCGAGAAUACGGGGCCGAUGCCGCAUCCGAUGCAUCUUCAUGGGCAUAAUAUGUUUGUCCUAGCGGAGGGGGAGUGUAGAGAUAAUAAUUUUGUGUUUAAUCGCACAGAUGGCAAGCCGGAGGCGAAUAUUGAGUUUCCGGAGUAUGAGUAUGGCAAUUGCUGGGAUGGACAUGUCACGAAUAGGGAGAACCCGCAGAGGAGGGAUGUGCAGAUGUUGAUGCCCGGAGGGUAUAUUGUGGUGCAGUGGGUGCAGGAUAAUCCGGGGGUUUGGCCGUUUCAUUGUCAUCUCACGUGGCAUGCUGCUGCGGGUUUCGUGUGGAAUGUUUUGGAGAGGCCGGAUGAUAUUAAGCAGAUGGAAAUACCGGAUGCUAUGGCGGAGACGUGUACGGACUGGGCGGCGUGGACGGGAGAGAAUGUGGUUGAUCAGAUUGAUGAUGGGUUGAAGGUGUGA